UGGAUACCAAUUUCACCGCUUCAGAUCUAUGAUGCCACGGGAUUAUAGGGGUCGGUUUCAUAGCCGGCUUGCCACUGGUAUAGUUGCCGGGACUAACCUGAAGGAUGUGUGAAUUCCCCAAUCGGGGUAUCAAAGUGGCCCCGCUGAGUGGCAGUACGGAGAUGGGGGUGCAUUUCUCUUACACAGCGCAUUCACCGUCCUGAGGUCUCCUCAGGUUUAAAAGACUCGAGUCGCGCCCGAUGAUACCUCUUCGAAAUCAUUCUGACCCACUACAUCACCUUGAUCCUUCACCAUGGGCAUCCCUCACCAUGAAGGGACCUCCCACGAGAGGCCCAAGCCCUCGUCGCCAGAACAGUUGAUCGCCCGCUUCGGUCGUCUUCAUCUGCUGGAUGACUUGAUCCGUUUACGGGCAGCGGACCCCAUCCAGCAUCCUAUCCUUGCCUACCCCAAACCCUCCCAAGACGACACGGUGGAGUACGAGUACUUCUCCGGCUUGGACCUGGACUGCAUGGUCGAUCAAGCCGUGUGCACCUUGAUGGACUAUGGCUUCAAGCCGCCCCGUCAGGAUGGAGCCAUCGUCGCGCUGUUCACGCUCUCCGACCUGAACAUGGUCGUCACAUUCUUCGCCCUGAGCCGACUAGGCUACACGGUCAUGAUGCUGUCGCCGCGUCUAUCGGCGUCCGCCUGCGUGGCCCUGCUCGACAUGGUCGGCUGCGACACCAUCCUGUACGGCCAGACGCCCAACAUCCGCACCACGAUGGGGGAGAUCCUGCGUCUGAAGCUGGUGGCCUGCCGCCCCAUCGUGCAACGGCCGUCGCUGGACGAGGAUGUCGAGGAACCGGCCAUGUUGGUGCUCCGCCGCAGCCGCAGCCCGGAGACGCAAAUCCACAAGAUCGCCCUGAUCCUGCAUUCCUCCGGCUCCACCGGCAACCCCAAACCCCUGUACCUCAGCCACAAGGCCCUGAUGACCCAUCCCAUGCGUGGCCCCGGCUACACCUCCUUCAACUCCCUGCCGUGGUUCCAUCUCCACGGGCUCUCCACCGCCCUCCAGGCCAUGUACAUGCGCCGCACCGCGUACAUGUGGGAUGCCUCGCUGCCUCUGACGGCCAGCACGGCGGUCGCUGCCCUGGAGGCCGCCCGUCCGGAGUCUGUGCAGGGCGUGCCCUACCUCCUCCAGCUCUUGGUCGACAGUCCUCGGGGCUUGCAGGUCCUGCGCCGCUGCGACUCGGUCACAUACGGAGGAGCGCCCUGUCCGGAUGAGCUGGGCGAUCGGCUGGUCGCAGAGGGGGUGAAAUUUGGCGGGUCUUUUGGACUAACGGAAGCCGGACUCGUGGCCGAGUCGAUCUCCCGCCCCGCCGACGAUCCCUACUGGAACUACAUGAAGUUCUUCGACAACAUCCGCCCCUUCAUCUGGAUGAAGCCCAUUGGCGAUGAUCUGUACGAAGUGGUCUAUCUCCAAGGACAUCCCGCCCUGACAGCCUCGAACUCCGACGAUCCGCCUGGUUCGUAUCACUCGCGCGACGUCUUCACGCCGCACCCUACCAUCCCCGAUCGGUGGAAGUACGUCUCGCGGAUCGACGAUCGGAUCACGCUGGUGAACGGGGAGAAGGUCCUCCCCCUUCCGAUCGAGGGCCGCAUCAAGCAGAAUCCCCUGGUCGACGAGGCCGUGGUGGUGGGCGUGAGCCAGUCGGUGCCGGGGCUGCUCGUCUUCCGGGCGGACGGCUCGCACCGCUACUCGGACGCCGAGUAUCUGGACCUCGUGUGGCCCACGGUGGAAGACGCCAACGCGCACGCGGAGCAGUUCUCGCAGAUCUCCCGCGACAUGGUCGUGGUGCUGGCCGCCGACCGCGUCGUGCCCCGCACCGACAAGGGAUCGAUGAUCCGCGCCCAGGUGUAUGCGCGAUACGCCGAUGUGAUCGAGGCCAUGUACACCCGCAUGGAGCAGGACGCGCACGGCACGCUGCAGCUGGACCUGCAGGCCACGGAGGAGCAUCUGCUGCGUCUCUGCCGCGAGGAGCUAGCCAUGUCCCACCUCGACCUCGAGACCGACUUCUUUGCCGACGGCAUGGACAGCCUCAAGGCCAUCCACCUGCGCCGGCUGAUCCUGCGCGACUUCCGCCUCCCGAGCAGCCGCAGCAUCAGUCAUAACAUCGUGUUCGAGACCGGCAGCAUCGCCCGUCUGGCGGAGUGCAUUUCCGCGGCGCAGAGCGGGCACGCCGAGGAGGGUGGGGCCGCGGACGAGGACGAGCUGGCCUUGAUGCCGGGGCUGAUUGAGAAGUACUCGUCGGGAUUCCCGGUGCAUACCCCUCGUCCGGACGAGGUGGCCAACACCCGGAGCGUUCUGCUCACCGGUCCAACGGGCUCCAUCGGCGCGCACACGCUCUACAAACUCGUCAACGACGACAGCGUCUCGCGCAUCUACUGCCUGACGCGACGCACCAACGCGAAAGCCUCGAUCCUGGACUCCCUCGCCCAGAAACACCUAGCCAUCCCCGCCUUCCGCACGCAGAAGAUCGUCGCCCUCACCAGCGCCCUGGACCAGCCGCACCUUGGCCUCGACGCCAGCGUCUACAACGAGAUGCUCCGCUCCGUCUCGCUGAUCAUCCACACCGCAUGGCCGGUCAACUUCAACCUCCCGCUCAGCGCCUUCGAACUCCACAUCCGCGGCCUGCACAACCUCCUCCACUUCUCGUUACAGGUUGCCCUCCCCUCCCCGGCAGUACUACUAUACUGCAGCUCGAUCUCCACGGCCCUAGGCUCCGCGCAGCCCACGGUCCCCGAAUCGCCCAUCGCCGAUCUAUCCAGUGCCCUCGAGAUGGGCUACGGGCGGUCGAAGCUGAUCGGCGAGCGCAUCGUCAGCGCGGCCCGACGCACGGCCGCCGCCCGCGCGUUCUCGCUCCGCAUCGGCCAGGUCUCCGGCCACUCGAAGCGCGGGCUGUGGAACGACGACGAGGCCCUGCCGCUGAUGCUCCGCUCCGCGCGGACGCUGGGCUGUUUGCCGCGGCUGGACGGGGUGCAGUGCGCGUGGCUGCCGGUCGAUAAGCUCGUCGCGGCCGUGCUGGAGAUCGCGCGUGUCUGCUCGCAUACGCCGCCGUCGUCGCGGCGGGGCUCUUUCUCGUCGGAGACUGGGUCCGAUGCCGGGAGUGUGGAUGGCGAGAUGGAUGAUUCCGUGUACAACCUGACGAAUCCGCAUCGGUUCGAGUGGGAACAGUUGUUGGCUGGGUUGAGGAAGUGCGGGUUCGAUGGGUUCCGGACGGUGGGGUUUGGGGAGUGGUUGGCGCGGUUGCGGGAGAGUGAGGCGCGUGGCGAGGAGGGGGUCAACCCUGCGGUCAAGUUGGUGGCGCAUUAUGAGGCGAUGUAUGCGGAUGGGAGGAAGGAGCCCGGGUUCUGUACGGACCGGGCGGAGCGGGAUAGUGUGACGUUGCGGAAUGGGAGGUUGCGGAUCGUCGAGGAUGGGAUUCUGGGGCGCUAUGUGAGGGAUUGGAUGGGGAGGUGGCCCAGGCCUUAGGGGGUGGAGUGUGGUGUUGGUUCUUCGAUGUUUAUAUUUUGGUUUGUGG